AUGAGCAACACAAAGUUGGAUAUUCUAGCAUGCCCGAUUUGUUAUGAACGUGUUACUUGGAAUGUUAAGAACGCGUCGUCAUCUCUGGAAUUUGCAGGUGAAUCGAUUGUGCAGUGUAAGACAUGCAGGAAACUAUACUCGGCUAAUAAUAUCUCACACGUUGACUUAACAAUUACUGUCGCUGGUCAAAACGUGUCGAGUGAACAUUCGCCUGCUUCUAUUCAGCUUUUCAGGUUACCAUUGAUCUCGUACCUCUAUGAAAGAGGUUGGCGGCAAUGUUUUUAUUUCGGUGGAUUUCCAGGUCCAGAAAAGGAGUUUGAAAUGAUCAAAGACUACCUCAAACCGGUCUUGGGUGGUAAUGUUAUUGACGCAAGCUGUGGGAGCGGCAUGUUUUCUCGACUUUUUUCCCGAAGCGGACUGUUUUCUCAUGUCGUGGCUUUGGAUUUCUCUGAGACAAUGCUUAAGCAAUGUUUUGAGUUUAUUAAGCAGGAAAAUAACUUUCCCAAAGAGAAUUUGACUUUGGUCAGAGCUGAUAUUUCGAGGCUACCGUUUGUUUCGGGUAGCGUUGAUGCCGUUCAUGCUGGCGCUGCUUUGCACUGUUGGCCUUCGCCAUUGGCAGCUGUCGCAGAAAUAAGUCGUGUUUUAAAGCCCGGUGGUUUGUUCGUUGCUACAACAUUUGUUUUUGAUGUCGUUCGUCAAAUUUCUUCACUAGUUCGACCUUUGCGCCGGGUCUAUGCUCGAGUCUUGGAACAAAAUCCGAGUCCACCGCUGUUCGAGAUCAGAGACGCCGCUGACCCCGUAAUCCCAUCACCAAGGGAAAAGAGACCCGAGAAGGACAGCCCGCCGAACCGACACCUCAGCCACUUGACGGGCAGCCGGAGCCGCAGCCAUCCACCUCCCUUCCUGCAGCGAUA